CUUGGCGCCGCGACCUCAUGUGAGACACCUCCUGCCCGAAGCCAGUCCGACGUUACCUCUGCAGAGGAAAACGCAAUGGAGCCCUGAAUAUUUCUCAAUUCUACCCGAUUACACCCCCCCUCCAGGGCAAAAACAGCACCCGUGUCCGCAAGGCUGCUUCAUCUGAUAUUUAUUUGAGGCUUAAACAGGGCGGUGCAACGAUGUGGAUCCAGGUUCGCACCAUAGACGGGAAGGAGACGCGAACCGUUGAGGAUCUCUCUCGAUUGACCAAAAUUGAGUCUUUGCGUUUGAAAAUACAGGAGAUCUUCAGCGUGAGCCCGCAUCAGCAGCGCCUGUUCUAUCGAGGGAAGCAGAUGGAAGAUGGCCAGACGCUGUUUGACUACAACGUGGGACUCAAUGACAUCGUCCAGCUGCUGAUUCGCUCACAGACCGACGCUCCGGACAGCCCCGCCGCCAAGGACUCCUCUGUGGCCUGUGGUUCAGGCCCCCCCUCUGACCCCAGGUCAGAAAGCCGCAAUUCCCCGGCUCCCGCCUCCCCCGUUGCUAUGGAAGCAGCCACCAAUAUAGACAAUGACUGCGGCAGCGUUGCUACCAGCACUGUAAACGAUACCAAGCCGGACACCAGCACUACCAGUAACUCGGCCAGUUCCAAGAACGGGUUCAAGUCCUCCAGUCCGCCGUCGGACAUUCAGCCGCCCACAUCCAGCAGAAACGCACUCGUCGACCCAGGAAUUGGUGUGUACAAGAUUAAUGAGCUGGUGGACUGCAGAGACGUCAGCAUCGGGGCCUGGUUCGAGGCGUGCCUCGAAAAUGUGACGCACGCUCCCAAAGGACAGAUAAUGCCCACCAAGGGCAAGGUGGGUCGGCCCCCGAAAAGGACUAAUGGAAAGUUGGAGGCCAAUCAGGGGCCGGCCCACGGCCAGGGCCAGACCACGGACAGUAACCGGAAUAACGUUGGGUUGAGCUCCGAGAGUAACGGAGCCUCCACCUCUCAGACGGACUCUACGGCGGCUACAGCGAGCAAGGAGAGAGAAGAGGAUGUCAUUUACCACAUUAAAUAUGAAGACUACCCAGAGAACGGCGUGGUGGAGAUGCGGCCGGUGGACGUGAGGCCGCGUGCGAGGACCCUGCUGCGGUGGGACGAGCUCCAGGUGGGCGCGCGCGUCAUGGUCAACUACAACAUGGAGACGCCGGACGAGAGGGGCUUCUGGUUCGACGGCGAGGUGCAGACCGUCAACCAAGCCUCCCGCACCAACAGGGAGCUGAGAGUCAAGAUCCUCCUGGGGGGUCCUGGAGAUGUGAUCGGCGAUUGUAAAGUUCAGUUCCUGGACGAAAUCUACCAGGUGGAGGCGCCGGGCGCUCGGGCGCUCUCCGCUUCCGAUGGACAGUUCAAACGGAAGAGCGGGCCGGAGUGCAAGCACUGCAAGGCUGACCCCGAAGCCGAGUGCCGCUUCUGCUCCUGCUGUGUGUGCGGCGGGAAGCAAGAUGCUCACAUGCAGCUGCUGUGCGACGAGUGUAACAUGGCGUUCCACAUCUACUGCCUCAACCCGCCGCUGGCCACCAUCCCAGAUGACGAGGACUGGUACUGUCCCACCUGUAAGAACGACACCAAUGAGGUUGUAAAAGCAGGAGAGAAGCUCAAAGCCAGUAAAAAGAAGGCCAAGAUGCCCUCAGCGACUACCGAGAGUCAAAGGGACUGGGGAAAGGGUAUGGCCUGUGUGGGGCGGACCAAGGAGUGCACAAUCGUUCCAUCAAACCACUAUGGACCCAUUCCCGGCGUUCCUGUUGGAACCACGUGGAAAUUCAGAGUUCAGGUGAGCGAGGCGGGCGUUCACAGGCCGCAUGUUGGUGGUAUCCACGGGCGCAGUAACGAUGGCUCCUAUUCGCUGGUGUUGGCUGGGGGCUUUGAGGACGAAGUGGACCGGGGGGAUGAGUUCACUUACACGGGCAGUGGGGGUCGUGACCUCUCAGGAAACAAAAGAAUCGGAGAGCACUCCUUUGACCAGACUCUGACGCACAUGAACAGGGCGCUGGCCUUAAACUGCGAUGCACCUCUGAACGACAAAGACGGCGCCGAGUCCAGGAACUGGCGGGCCGGAAAGCCGGUGAGAGUGGUGCGCAGUUCCAAAGGUCGACGCAUCAGCAAAUACGCCCCUGAGGAGGGAAACCGCUACGAUGGUAUUUACAAGGUCGUUAAGUACUGGCCAGAGAUCGGGAAGUGUGGCUACCUGGUGUGGAGGUACCUACUCAGACGGGACGAUCUGGAACCGGCGCCCUGGACGCCCGAAGGACUGGAGAGGAUAAAGAAACUGGGCCUUUCAGUUCAGUAUCCGCCCGGCUACCUGGCGGCCAUGGCUAACAAAACAAAGAAGGAGGCCUGCGCCAGACCCGGCCGCGGCGGCCGCGGGAAGCACUACCCCGGGAGGGGGAGGCCGCGGAGACGCAAGAUCGAGGAGAAAGAAGAGAACGAGGAGGAGGACGACGAAGAGGAGCAGCCGAUGGCAAGUGUGGAAGCAGAGGAGCCACAGAGUAACGGAGAGCAGAAGACCACCAGGGAGAGAGCAGAGUCGUCACCGGCGGCAGAGCCUCCCCCUAAAAAGGUGAAGACGGAGGAGACGUUCCAGCUGUCGGAGCAGCAGCAGCAGUUGAUCCGCGAGGACACGGCCAACAAGAAACUCUGGGAUGAAGCCAUGGGAUACCUCAAAGAGGGACCGAACUUCCUGCAGAAGAUGGAGCCCAUCUUCAUGUGCGUGUGCUGCCAGGAGCUGGCCUUCCAGCCCAUCACCACCGCCUGCUCGCACAACGUCUGCAAGACCUGUCUACAGCGGUCGUUCCGAGCCCAGGUGUACACCUGCCCCGCCUGCCGCCACGACUUGGGCAAAGACUACGUCAUGUCCCAGAACGCGACGCUGCAGGUGCUGCUCGACCAGUUCUAUCCCGGCUACAGCAAGGGCCGGUGAGGUCGGGGGACCCCGUUUCUUAAGUAGACCUCUGUCUACUGUGCACCCGUGUACCGAGUACCUAGGACUCCACUUUAAAAUGCAUCGCGCACCCAUACUGUACUUAUACCCACGGGCCAAUGUGUAUUGCAUAUACAGCCAUUUAUGUAUACAAUCAUUCUUACACAAACAACCUCAGUAGGGACUGACCUCAUCUUUUAAACCUAGACUGUCUGCAUUAACAUCACCAGCCAGAAAUUUUUAAAAAAGGACUUCUUUUUUUUUUUUUAACCCUCGCUACUCCUGGCCCAACAAACGCACACGAAGCGCACAAAAGGAGCCUCGGUUCACACGCACUUGACACCUCACGUUAGGCCUCCACUGUGUUCGUCACUGGUUCUAUCAAUUUGACAUAGAGCGAGUUAUUUGAGGGGAAAUUCCUCCCUGGGAAUAUCAUGAAAUCCGCCAUCAGACUCCUGCCAACCUAAGAUCUUUUCUUUUUUUUUUGUACCCCUGUAUGUGUUCACACCAAAUCGAAAACCCGAAAUCUUACUCAGCUGGUGAAUAAAGGUGCCAGUUUAAAACAGUGAUUCAGGCACAAACCCUCCCCCCCCACCCUGUCAUAGUAAGAUAAAAAGGUGCACAAGGUUUUUGGACUUUGGCGCACUCGAUCACUAACGUGUCUCGUGCUGCGUAACCGCCCGUCAUGCAGUGUGUGAGCGGUCUGAUAAUGUCAUGAUAUGUUUUCCAGUCCACCUGUAGGACGAGAGUGCCUUGUAGCACAGACUAUCAAAAACUGUUAAGUAGCAAAGGUUGGCAUCUGAUACCCUAAUGUUGCUAACUUAUUCUUUUUAGUCAGAAAUCUACUGAUUUUAGCAUUUUUUUAUUUUCAUUUAGUAUUUUCGAGUUCUCACAUGGUUUCCUACGUUAAGAUUAAGUUGAAUAGCUGCAAUCCUAUUUUGUUUAUUGGGAAAUACGGUUAGCAUUCCUCAAAGUUGAGCAUCACCUUUUUUUUCUCACUGAAAAUCCGGAAAAAUGUAAACAAUACCCAUCCUAACAUGGCACUUCUUAGGUUUUAGAGGUUUUAAAUAGUGCAUGGGAGAGCGUUCACGGAUGUAUAGGAGAAGGACACGUACACCAUUGAAUGUUUCACCAGGGAGCGUGAGUCAGUAAAAAUAUGUGAAUGUACAAGGUUGAGUUUGAAUUAAUCACUGCAGCCUACAGUCAGAACUUCCAAUCUGAAAAUCCAGAAAAAAAGGAAACCUUUGAGAGUAGUUUAGGUCCAACUGUUGAAUACGUAGAUCCUAAAUACGUAAAAAAAACGGGAUCUGAAUUCUUGACAACAGAAAGAAUCUUUUUUUUUUUUAAGAUAAUGCCAAAUGUUGAGUUUUCUGCCCACGACAGUUGGCCAGAGGUGAAUGUUUUCUCAUGUAAAUCACCAGUUGGAGAGAGCAAGAACUGGUGGUCGGUGGUAAAAAGCUAAACACCAAUAAGAGGAACUAUUUUAUUCAUCUAUCAGAUGCCACAUGAAAAUACAAAUAGGGAGGGAAUGGCAGCUAUGAAUGGCCCUUAAACACUACUUAUGCUCAGCCUUUCUUAUUUCUUACCCUUCAGUGGAUUCCAACGCAUCGAGGAAACCCCCCCCCCCCCCACGUAUCUUUGAGACGUCCCACAUGAAUGACAUCAUAGGAAUACGAAGAGCGACCAGUCAGUCGUAAUGCUACAAAUUACAAUACGUGUUGAUUCCAAUUUGUCUCAUCCCUUUCUUCAUAAGUCCUUUCUUCUCCGUAGUCACACACAGUCGCAUCUGACAACGUGCCGCUCACAUCUGAGGAUGUACGCGGCGCCCCCACAUGAGCUCACUUAUCUCCACGUUUUCACCUUUAGAUAUAUUAUGCAGCCCGAGUUAGAAAACGGGCUUUUCCGAUUUACAUCUUCUUCUUUUUUUUUUUUUUUUUUUUAGUGCUGAUGUGGUACUUAAAAUGUUCCCGGUUGGCAGGUCCGAUGGCGCCUAAUGCAGAACAUAGCAGCACCCUCUCUGCACCCAAUUCCACACGACGCACCUGGAACAGUUUCCACACUUGAGUCGGCUUCGUCGCAAAAACAAAAAAAAAACAGCCCCUCGCCCCGGCGUCCCGCGCACCGCAUGACGCUGACGUUGGCGGCAUCGGGCCGUUGGCGUUCAGGCCCGCUUUCAUGGGCCCGGCUGUUCCUUUUGUUUGCGGUGACGUCCUCGUUUUUCUGUUCACUCGGUCAGGAUUUUGUUCCUUUUUUUUUGUUUUUGUCGACAACAUGCAAAGUACAAACGCUUCUAUGGUCUUAUAAAGCUAACUGUGAUGUGCAUUACUUCCACUGUUGCUCAAUCGUGUUCCGAGAUGACUUUAAUAGCCCUUGUUUCUUUCUCCGCUGUGAC